AUGCAGCAGCCUUUCAGCAGCAGCAGCAACACUGAGGGCCCGAAGCAGCAGCAGCAGCAUGAUGCUGCUGCUGAGCAGUUCCAGCAAGAAGCAGCAGCAGCCUCAGCGCAGCGGCAGGCUCUUCGGCAGCAGCAGCAGCUGCUGCAGCAGCUGCAGCAACAGGUCGCCAGCAGCUUAAGGCAAGCGCAGCAGAGCGACGCAGCAGCAGCAGCUCGCUAUACGGCAGCAGCAGCAGCAGCAGAGGAAUCCCUAGAGGCGGUUCAGGCUGCUGCUGCUGCUGCAGCACAGCGCCGGCAACCUGCGCAGCAGCAGAUCUGCUGCCGGUUUGCUUCGCUCGAGCAGCAGCUGCAGCAGCGUCUGCAGCAGCAGCAGGAGCAGCAGCAGCAAGUCCUCAGGCUCCUCAGGGUGCUGCUGCAGCACGAGUCGCUGGCCCUGCAGCAGACAGAGCGUCCUGCUGCUGCACAGCAGCAGCAGCUACAGGCAGCGCUUGCUGCUUCUGCUGCUGCUCCUGCUGCUGCUGCAGCAGCCGCAACUGGAUAUGCACCCGCAGAUGGCUCACCGGAUCCCCCCAGCAGCAGCAGCGACAGCUGCGGCGCAGCAGAGCGCUUUGCUGCUGCUGUUGCUGCAGCAAAACAGCAAACCGAGAGGACAAGAAGCAGCAGCAAAACUGCAAAGCUUGUGCAUGCGCUGGCGCAGUCUGUGGCUGAGGCUUUUGGGGAGUAUGUUCGGCAGCUGCGUGUUGCUGCUGCUGCUGCAGCAGAGCAGCAGCAGCAGCAGCAGCAGCAAGAGCAACACAAGUACAGAGACGUGAAGCGGCAGCUGCAACAGCGCGUGUCCCCUCAGCACUCGCCGCAGGGGCUGCUGCUGCUACUGCAGCAGCAGCAGCAGCAGGCAACAGCCGCCGCCGCAGCAGAGCAGCAGCAGCAGCAGUGGAACGACGCAGCAGCACAGCUGCAGCUCCGGGUAGUGCCGCAGCUAGACGUAGCAGCAAGCAAGCUCAAAACAGCAGCUUUGCUGCUGCAGCAGCUGCAGCAGCAGCAGCAGCAGCAGCGGGCAUCAGCAGGACAGACGAAGACCUUGCAGCCGUCGUCUCCUGGUGCUGCUGAUGCUGCCGCUGCUGCAGAUGGAGGGCCCGGCUGUUUUGCUGCUGGCGCUGCUGCUGCCUGGAGCAACAGCAGCAGCACAAGGGGCUCGCUGUCUGUAGAUGCUGAGGGAACUUCUGGGAAGCAGCAGCAGGAGGUGCAGCAGCAGCAGCAGCAGCUGCAGGAAGAGUUGCUGCUGCAGCAGGAGCCGCCGCAGCAGCAGAGAGACCAGCAGUUACUCGCAGCAGAGCGGAUGCUGCAUGUAGCAGCAGCAGCAGCAGCAAAAGAAGAGGCGCAGCAGCUGCUGCUGUCCCUUACGCAGCUGCGGCUCUUGUCCACAGCAGCAAGCAAAGCUGCUGCUGCUGGCUCUGCAGAUCUGCAUGCUGUAGCUGCAGCUGCAGCAGCAGGAGCGGAGGCAGAGCAGCAGCAGCAGCAGCAGCAGCAAGCCACGGAACUGCUUGCUGCUGCAUUUGGGGUACCAGACGACCAAUUCGCAUGCUUCACUCCAACCGCAGCAGCAGAAGCAGCAGCAGCAGCAGCAGCAAACAAUGCAGCAGUUGCUGCCAAAGACAGCGCAUUGGAGCGGUGCAGCAGCGGCAACGGAACUCCGCCUGCAGCAGCACCGGCGUUGGCUUGGUGGCUGCAGAAGGCCAACAUGCGGGCGCGGCAGCAGCAACAGCUUCAGCAGCAGCAACGGCAGCAGCAACAGCAGCAGCAACAGCAGCAGCAGCAGGGCAGCAGACGCAGCAGCUGCUCGGAAGAGUUCUGCUUGCGUGGCCCUACUUACAGCAGAAGCAGCAGCUUCGAGAGCUACGACUUUGCAGCGAGCAGCAGCAGGCGCAGCAGCAGCAGCAACAGCAGCAGCAGAAGAAGCAGCAGAGGACGGCAACGCAGCAAAAUGGACUUCUCCUCUCCCCUUCUGCAGUACCCCGGCGGGCCGGCAGCAGCAGCAGGGCGAGAAGACGCGCCGCCAGCAGCAGCAGCAGCAGCGUCAGCGCCAGCAGCAGCAACGGCAGCAGCAGCAGCGCCAGCAGCAACAGCAGCAGCAGCAGCAGCGAGCAAUCUUGUCGUCAGCGCCAGCUCUCCUGCUCUGGUUUCGUCUUCAUCCGAGUCUGAUUGGGUACGUGGAACAGCAGCAGCAGCAGCAGCAGCGGAGCCUGCUGCUGCUGCUGCGCUAGAGGGCGACAGCGUGUCUUUGAGAGAUUUGGACUCACUGAAAGUUUUGAGUUUCAAUUUGGCUUCCUCAACAGAAACCUCAAAAACUCCUGCAGUUGCUGCUGCUGCUGCUGCUGCUGCUGCUGCGCAGCAGCAGCAGCAACAGCAACAGCAGCAGCUGCAGCUCGUCUCUGUCGCUGGCUGA